UUCCGACUACAGGAACUUCAUGUGGCCGGGGGCACAAGCAAUACGGGUGUAGAAGAUUUCGGUGGGGACUGUUGUUUUUCUUUCUUGACCAAAGUAACCUCGAUCAUUGACUCUUAUUACUGCCUCACCCAGCACUGCCUUGCUAAGCAAGCAGCACGUCUCCAACGCACAAGCAUUGCUCCCACACUCCGUCUAAAACCAUCUAAAAACCCUAAAAUUCCCUUCCCCUCUUCCUUUCGAUUUCUGUAAUUCUACUAUCAGAUCACUCGUCCAUCUGCAUUCUUCCCUUAUUUUUUCUAGGGUUUCUGGCAUCGUCUCCGUUUCAGAUCGGAUCUGGGGUUUUCAAAAACCGUAAUUCAACAUGUUUCUCACCAGGACUGAGUAUGAUAGAGGAGUCAAUACCUUCUCCCCGGAAGGUCGAUUGUUCCAGGUUGAAUAUGCAAUCGAGGCAAUCAAGUUGGGGUCAACUGCGAUUGGGUUGAAGACGAAAGAGGGCGUUGUUCUAGCUGUAGAGAAGCGCAUCACUUCGCCAUUGCUGGAACCAAGCAGUGUGGAGAAAAUUAUGGAGAUUGAUGAGCAUAUAGGAUGUGCAAUGAGUGGGUUGAUUGCUGAUGCUCGCACUCUUGUUGAGCACGCACGUGUUGAAACUCAGAAUCAUAGGUUUUCAUAUGGUGAACCAAUGACUGUUGAGUCCACCACACAAGCCCUAUGUGAUCUUGCUCUCCGAUUUGGGGAAGGCGAUGAAGAAUCCAUGUCUCGACCUUUUGGAGUCUCGCUUCUAAUCGCUGGUCAUGAUGAGAAUGGGCCUAGUUUAUACUACACGGACCCAUCUGGUACCUUCUGGCAAUGCAAUGCAAAGGCAAUAGGUUCGGGCUCCGAAGGUGCUGACAGCUCAUUGCAGGAGCAAUACAACAAGGACAUCACCCUUCAAGAAGCUGAAACAAUAGCACUUUCCAUCCUGAAGCAAGUGAUGGAGGAAAAAGUAACUCCAAACAAUGUUGAUAUUGCGAGGGUGGCUCCAACGUACCAUCUGUACUCCCCUGCUGAGGUGGAGGCUGUCAUCAGUCGCCUAUGAGAAGAUUAUAUAACCCAUUCCUCUGCCGAUUUGCCAUUCCUAUUUUCUUUCCCAUUCCACCUUCGUAAACAUUUUCGGUAGCAAUCUGUUGGGAAAAUGUAGGUUUUUUCCUCUUUUAUUUCAAGUCUAAUCAGGAAACUUUCAAUUCUUCUUUAUGAGUGAACUUAUCAUUUCAUUUGACUUUUCAUGCCCUUGGAUCUUAUAGCCUAUUACAUUUUGGGCAGUCUCCCUUCAUGCUAUUUCAGACGCUGCUCUUGGAUGGCUGUUUUUA